ACUUCUAUUCAAGAACUUCAUAAAAUUGGCAUACAAUUAUAAAAAAUAUAUCAAAAAAUGUGGAAAAAAUUCUUAAAAUAUCUGUUACUCUUCAUUGUGACAGUGCAAAUAACGGUAUUGCUUACGGUAAUGAAAUGUAUAUUAAAAACUGAAAACCAGAAUAAAACAGCAGAUUUCGAUGAACUCUCCAAAGAAGUUGAAACACCAUUGAUUAAAGCACAAAAAGCCCCCACCUACGAGCAAUCAAUUAUUUUAGUGCGCCAUUUCUUGCAUGGCGAUGGCGGCUACAUCGCACUGAGUUACAACGUCUUCGGCGACACAAUUGAGCAUCCACACUCCGAACACGUUAUCUUCCCAUAUUAUGAGCUCUUCGAGCCGCUCGACGGCAAUCAGCCUUGGCUGCGCGUCUUCCUGCUGCGCACUACAGAUCAAACAAAGCCACAAACUUGGGAGCAACACUUGCAAGGCUUCGAUGCGAACGGUCAAUAUUUCAUUGGUUUGGAGUUAUUCCAUUUUAUAGCGAACUUACAAGGCGUCAAACUCUUGGCGUUGUUUCGCGACACAGGCGAUACGGAGUACUUGCGUUAUGCCAUUUAUGAUGAUUUCGUAAUGGGUGGCCCAACGGAGGGGUAUCGCAUUAAAAAGUUGGGCAUGUUCUUGGGUAAUACCGAAAAUUGGCUGAGCGCCUAUUUUGAUAAGCCGUAUGUGGGGUUUAAUGUGACGGAUCCGGAGGAAAGACAGCGCUAUGAAGAUCGUUGUCCGAUGUUGGCGUUGCAGGGUUGGUGGGGUGGUGCGAAUUUAUUCUGCAAACUACCGUUAUCGUUUCGUGGUUCUUUAGAGCUCUAUAUUCGACCAAUAAACAGCACACAUAAAUUGAUGGAGAUUUGAAUUUGGGAAGUUUUGAGGAAAGACGGAGAGGAGAUCGGUAUUUUUUGAUAGAUUUGAUUGAAUGUUUGAUAAUUUAUUUUACAAAAGAAUAGUAAUAUACUUGCUAGAGGAGCGUCAGACUCAAUAAUAAAAGCUGUGUACUUAUCGAUCGAUGAAAACCUGAAUCAAAGUGAAAGUUCGAAGUCUCAAGGUUUGUCUCAAUCAAUGUUAUCCGAAAAAUUUUAAUUCCGUUGAGAUUCUCUAUAACUAUAUUAAAAAAAAAUAUUUUUUAUGAGAUAACCAAACGUGAAGUCUAUUGGAUCUUCUCGGCUAACAAACUCUUGGAAGGUAGGCUUUGUCUACAUUGCUUGACUACAAGAUAAACUGUUGAAUCACAGCUCACUUCUGAGAACAUACAAGAUAUGGUGAAGCAUCUAGACGCCUGAUCUCAGAACCUCAGUACAUACCGGGUAUCCAGCGCAGCAGCUAAAGUACUAGCUUGUAAGCCGCCCAUAGACAUCCAGGGAAAAGAAUUGGCGCGAAUGCAUGAAUUUCCAGCGCCCCACUCAUAUACAAGAAUAUUAGAAGAGAGAAACAGGAGCAUCACAAUGUGGCAGCAACCUCAACCAAAGGACGGUGGAUUCACAGACUUAUACCCGACAUCCAUUCGUGGAUUAAUAGACUGCAUGGGGACCUUGAUUUCCACCUGACCCAAAU